AUGCAUGUGGUUGCUUUAAUAAGUGGUGGUAAAGAUAGUACUUAUAAUAUGAUACAAUGCGUUCGACAUGGUCAUGAAAUUGUAGCAUUAGCUAAUUUACAUCCGAAAAAAGAUAUUGAUGAACUUGAUAGUUAUAUGUAUCAAAGUGUUGGACAUGAAAUAAUUGAUUUAUUUGCUAAAGCUAUGGAAUUACCAUUAUAUCGAGCAGAAAUAAAAGGUGAUGCUCAAACGACAAAUAAAGAAUAUGAUCAACCAGUUCAUGGUGAUGAAGAAAAACAUACAAUUGAAGCUGUUUCUGUUGGUGCUAUUUUUUCUGAAUAUCAGAAUAAUCGUGUUGCUAAUGUUUGCCAACGAUUAAAUCUUCAAGUUCUUGCUUAUAUAUGGCAGCGUGAUCAACAUGAAUUACUUAAUGAAAUAAUUGAUUCAAAUUUAGAAGCAAUUAUAAUUAAAACAGCUGCUCUAGGUUUACAGCCGAAGGAACAUCUUGGAAAAACUCUCGUCGAAAUGCGUCCGAUAUUGUUUAAACUAGCUGAAAAAUAUGGUAUAAAUGUGUGUGGUGAAGGUGGAGAAUUUGAAACAUUAACAUUAGAUUGUUCUCUAUUUAAACAUCAACGAAUUGUUCUUGAUCAAGUGAAAAUAAUCAUCACAUCGUCUGAUUCUAUUGCUCCAGUUGGUUAUUUAAAAAUUGAAAAAGCUCAUCUAGAACCAAAAUAA